CGGAGCCUAGGAGAAUCCGCCCCGACAAUGCGGAUAACCGUUGUAUGGCAAGCCCAAAAUAGGAGCAUCUCUACCGUUCGUCCGGCGAUUUCCUCAUCAUAUUUGAUGGACGGUGAUGCAAUCCUCAAUCAAUACAAUACGUAUUUGCACCUCGACGCCCUUCUCUGGCUUCCCCUCCAUCGGCGACAGAACCUUCGCGCUGAAGAUCCAAACCUACCUGACCUGAUAUUGAAGAUGGGGCGACUGCAAUCUUUGAGGAGUUUUGACGCAUUUCCUCGUGCAGAGGAGCACCUACUAAAGAAGACCCAUUCUGGAGCUGUUGUUUCCAUCAUUGGCCUUGCUGUAAUGGGAACCUUGUUUGUGCAUGAGCUGAAGUACUAUCUCACUACAUAUACUGUCCAUCAGAUGUCUGUAGAUCUUAAGCGAGGAGAAACGCUUCCAAUUUAUAUAAAUAUGACAUUCCCUUCAUUACCUUGUGAAGUUCUGAGUGUGGAUGCCAUUGACAUGUCUGGAAAACAUGAGGUGGACUUGGAUACAAAUAUUUGGAAGCUUCGCUUGAACAAAGAGGGUCAAAUUACGGGCACAGAGUACCUAUCAGAUCUUGUUGAAAAGGAACACUCAGCUCACAAGCAUGAUGAUAGUGAUAAUCAUGAUGAUUCCUCCGAGAAAAAACAUGAGGAUACUUUUGGCUCAGAUGCUGAGAAAAUGAUUGAGAAUGUAAAGCGUGCUAUCUCAAAUGGUGAAGGAUGCCGAGUAUAUGGGGUUUUGGAUGUGCAGAGAGUUGCUGGUAACUUUCAUAUUUCAAUCCAUGGGUUAAACAUUUUUGUAGCUCAACAGAUUUUUGGAGGUGCAAAACUUGUGAAUGUAAGUCAUGUGAUCCAUGAUUUGUCAUUUGGACCAAGCUACCCAGGGAUCCACAAUCCCCUUGAUGGAACUACCAGGAUGCUACAUGAUACAAGUGGUACUUUCAAAUAUUAUAUAAAGAUUGUUCCAACGGAAUAUAGAUACCUUUCCAAAGAAGUAUUGCCAACAAAUCAGUUCUCUGUUACAGAAUAUUAUGUUCCAAUACGUGUUACUGAUAGGUCAUGGCCAGCUGUUUACUUUUUGUAUGAUCUUUCACCUAUCACCGUGACAAUAAAAGAAGAACGCCGCAGCUUUCUGCACUUCCUAACUCGACUUUGUGCAGUGCUUGGUGGUACAUUUGCUUUAACAGGAAUGCUCGACAGGUGGACAUACAGAAUUGUCGAGGCUGUUACGAAGUCGAAGAGCAGAAGCGUAUUGAGGUGAUGAUAAGUUCCUCUUGGUGGUUUUUGAUGGGAAAGUGUCAGAGCUCAUCAACGUUAAUUGCCUUAUCUUUGCCGCAAGUUAAGAAGAGCAUAUUGAUUCAUCGCAAAAGACAGAUAUUAGGCCUGAUCAUUGAACUAGAUAUACCAAGCUCCAAUUUGUUUUCACUUGUCGCAAAAGACAUGUAUAUCUAGUUCCAUCUGAUCAAUGAACUGAAUAUACAAAUCUCAACUUGGUUUUGUAUUUUUUAGAACAGUCAUCAUUUUCAUGCCAUAUCACUCUGUGCUGCUAAAGGCAGAUGUUUGUUCAAUUUCCAUAGUGAGCUGAAAUGCUGAGCAA